AUGUCGCACAUCACAGAGCAUCCACUACGGGCUAAGAGGAGAAAGCUGGAUGAUGAUUCCCAUCCAGUUCCAGAGGUGAAUUUUACAUCGCCGGCCCAGUUGCGCGAGUUGCUAGUCUUUCAACAAAAUCCGGCGACCGCCAAGCAAGGCCUUGUUCAUUUCAAAGAGUUUCUCUCUUCUAUCCAUAACCCGGAAAAAGAAAAAGACAAGGCCCAGAAGCUGAAGGUUCUGAAGGGCUACUGCGAUAAGCAAAUCUCGCCGGGGAAGGAAGAAGGCGACUCCAUCUGCUUCCCAGACAUUAUCCAGUCCUGGAGCUUUGCGGACGCUAACAACAAUGAGCCACUCCUGACUACUGUUCCUUCGGUACUUGCCAUCUUCUUGAAGACCAUCUCUCGAGAGAUUGAUUUCCGCGACUUUGGCCUUGCCCUGUGCAAGCAUCUGUUACAGAAGGAUCAACUGAGGCUUUUCAAUCGUGGCCUGACUGCCGCAAAAGCGAAAGAGCAUCUUAUUUCUCCUUGUCUCCGCCUUUUGACCGAAAUCGUCACAUAUGAUGGCGGUGCGGUGGCCCGGCAAUUAUACAACCGCCGCUAUAUCGCCUUUAAGCGUCUGGAGAUCUUUUUAACUCCCAACAAGGUUAAUCCUGAUGCGGAUCCGGAGGAGGCAUCAAAGUCGACACUUCGCCGAAAUGCCCAACGCUAUUUACUCGCCAAUCUGAGGGUGCAACAUACACUCGAGAAGAGCGACAUCAUUGAGCAGUUCAAACUCACCAGAGCAUUCCUCGAGCCUCUCCGCAAAGAUCCUCGGGAUAUCACAUUGGAAGUGGUCAAGGCGAUUGAGAGAGAUAUCAUCCAGGAUGCUUCUAUUCCACGAAAGUCCAAGAGCAAGUUUUUCAACCGAGGAAAUAUGGAGAAGUUGGUCACACUUUAUGGCUACGACCGAGAAUCCGAUGAGCCCAACCCCGAAGGAAUCUCAAUCUCGAAUGAGAUCCACCGAAUCUUGUUGAACCUCUGCAAAACCGCCGAUCUUGGCGUACUUCUUCCUGAGUCGGGAUGGUAUCCGGUCGGAGUUGACCCGGAGAGGCUUCCUGUGGACGACGAUGAGUGUAUUGAGCUGGGCCUCGAUUCGCCAAUUUAUGUCGACAAAUACCGGGAGUUGGUUCCCGUUCGCAACGGCACGUUGUCAUACCUGAUUCAAUGUCUACGCCCCGAUGUCGAUAGUCUCCAGAUUGAACUGCUCGUAACAAUCUUCAAGGUUGCACCAGAGCUGAUUGCCGACUACUUCACCAAGAAGACGAUGUUCACAGCCGACCCUAAAGCAACACCCUCCUGGAUGGCUGAGUCUGCAUUCCUAUUUUCGACGGUACAACUUCCUGUUCCUACGAAUUGUGGCUGGAAAGACAAACAACCGAUCCUGCCGCCACCAGUCUCAAUCGUCAUUGAAAACAUUCUCCCGCGCCCUUUGAGCCAGAAGAUUAUGUCUCGCUGUUUGAACCAGAAUGCGGAGAUCAUUACCCUGUUUUCGGUGCGAAUCUUGUCUCUUGCAUUUACAAAAUUGCGGGCAGUUCUCAAGAUCUUCCGGGAGGACCAUGGCCAAGCACAACUGUUUUGGAACCAAGCCUCGUCAAGGCUGCUCGCUGAGUUCUCUCGUCGUUGCCCCGCUCUCAAGGAUGUUAUCCUCCUGUUCCGACGAACCGCCAAGGAAGAUCUUCAACAGCAGCAGGCCGUGGCGGAGCUAUUGACCUUCUAUUAUGAUGUGAUGCCCGACAUCGCCUUAGAAGAGAAUUUCGAUGUGUCACUAGUUCUAGUAGAGGUUCUCAAGCGACUAGAGGAGUCGGAGCUUAGUGCAGACGAUUCCGAGCUGCUCUUAAGCCAGCUUCAGAGUGUUCUCCAGAUCGCACAGCAAUCCACAUCAAUGCGUUGGUGGCAGAAACCAGCCUCUAUGCAAUACUCGCCGUUCACCUCGGUUCUCAAAGUCCUUGUCGGAACCUCGGACAAGGUCUCUUCGCGACGAAUCUCUGUUCUGUUAAGGACUGUCCUUGUGGAUAGUUCUGUCUUCCAAAGUUCUCCGCUGUCAUUCAAUGCGCUCUUGACAAGUCUUGAGGAUGCUGAAUCGGAAACUUUGCACAAGCAGCUGGUUUUCAUCGAGAAUUGCAUUUCUCGCGUGGCUAAGAAACCUGUUCAUUACCUCGACCUCCUCAACUCGCUCUCCAAGGAUGCUGCUACUACAACAAGCCCCUUUGUGGCUGCUAUUGUCGAGCAGUGGCCCUUUGUGGUGAAGGCAGGCGACGCAAGCACCGAAGUUGCCGUGGGCACCUGGAUUGCCAAGCUAUUCGGCCAACUCAAGCAAGCCGAACAGAACACAAGUGCUCUAAAGGCCGCGCGUGAUGCCCUGACUGAAGCCACCAAAGCCAAGAAGGUCCGCUCUGCGCUGAAAAAAUGUCUUAAGGGAGUCGAAGAUGUCGAAUCGGAAGAUAAAAUGGAGAUUGACUCUGGCCCAACUCAGCCAACUUCCUCCAUCAAGCCCGCGGAGGUGGAUUUGGACGAAAUAUUUGGCUUCCUUCCCACCGAAGGCACGACUCAUAACGCACUGAACCGAUGGGAGAGAGAGGAACUCGAAGCAGCUGUGGAGCAAGGCCAGAUUGCCGAGCUGAUGCUCUGCUUGUGCUCCGAGCACGAGGAAGUGCGGAGGCAAGCAUUCGCCAACGUUGCACGCUUCAUGGCCCAAUUGAAGGAAUCCAAGUACGCCGAAUGGCGCUCUGUGUACACCCUGACUGGUGAAUUACUCGAGACCGUCAACGCGCUUGGUAUCAGUGCGGGUGAGCCCAUCCCUUGGAUUGUCGGUGAAUGCGCGGCCAACUGCCUUGCGGUCAUCACAAGCCCGCUGCACAAGGUAUAUGGCAAAGUGAACAAAUUCUUGCAAAAGGGGCCAGCAUGGGAAGUUGAAAAGAUCCCGUCUUACUGGAUCGACAAGAUCUUCUUGCACGAGCCUGAGCUGGAUGAUGGAUUCUUCGACGAGAUUGAUUGGCUCUUGGGAUUAUUCGUGAAGGGUCUUCGCAGCAAAGCGGAUAUGGAAAUCUACCGUCGUGCGAAUGUCUUCGAACGCAUCCUCUCGCUAUAUCAGUCUUCAAGCAUUGGCACCGAGGCUCGCAAAAAGAUCUUGCAUAUCAUCUUCCGUGCCGCCCAAGUUGGUGGCAGCACGACGCUCAUCACUCGGGCUGCCAUCAUUAGCUGGGUUCAGGUCCAGAUCACUGAGGCCAAUGCUAAGGAGGCGGCUCUCCUCUCGGCUCUCGCGCGGAAGUUAUACGAAAUGUCUGAUCGCGAACGAGUUGACGCUUGGAGUGCGGGCACGAUUGAGCAGGCGCUCCAGCAGAUUGAACAGGCAUAA